AUGUCUCUGGGGGUCCAAGUGGGUCUGACGUACCGCUCAGACGAACUCAUGGACAGUUCAGAAGUGACAGCUGGGAUGAAACCUUCAGGAGUCGAUAAUCACACUUCAGCAGAUACGUUCAUGUUAGCGGUGUUAGCUCCAGGUUUGGCAGCGUUAGUUUUUCUCACGCUGUUUCUUCUCAGCUUCCUGAUGUUUAAAACUGGAGCAUCAGGAACAGGAGGUGUUAUAGGUUCUAUUAUACACUACCCUGCUAACAACAACCGAGCUGAACAACUUAACUGA